AUGUCUGUUCAAAAGAAAAACAAAAAGAAACAGUUAAGAAAACUAUCAUAUAGAAAUAUGGUAAUAUUUUCAAAUAAAAUGUUCUUGCUUCAGUUAUGGAUAUUUAGAAAGAUUUGUGUAAAAUAUAGAAAAAAAUAUUCAAUAUCAUUAGGAAUUAUGAUGAUUGCAGGAUUUUCUAUUGUUAUGUUAAUUAUGAUGAGUUAUUCAUUUAUAUAUCUUCAAAAGGAUCAUUCAACAUGUGUCAUACCAGCUAUGUAUCCUUCGUAUAUAAGGUUGUCAGGAUUUGAUAAAAAAUAUAUAAAACAUGGUAGAAAAUAUGGAUUAUAUUUAUAUAAAGAAAGAAAAACAUUAAAUGUGCAUGAUUUUGAAGGAAUUCCAGUUCUAUUUAUACCAGGAAAUGCAGGAAGCUACAAGCAAGUACGUAGCCUUGCAUCAGAAGCAGCAUAUCAGUUUUCAGUCUCUAAAUUAGAUCCAUCAUUAGCUGAACAUGAUUCAAAAAAUCUUGAUUUUUUUUCUGUUGAUUUUAAUAACGAUUAUACAGCAUUUCAUGGCCAAACGCUUCUUGAUCAAGUGGAAUAUUCAAAUGAAGCAGUUAAGUAUAUUUUAUCCUUAUAUCAAGAGGCACAAAAAAGAAGAAACAAUACUUAUGGUUAUAUUCCUAAAUCAGUUAUUGUAAUUGGUCAUUCUAUGGGGGGAAUUGUAAUUCGAGCUAUGGUAAUGAUGCCUAAUUAUCUUUCUGGUUCUAUCAACACGAUUAUUACAUUAUCAACACCACAUUUGCUACCACCUAUUCUUUCUGAUCGAAAAAUGAAAAGUAUAUACGAUUCUGUUAACAAGUUUUGGCUACAGUCAUAUUUUCAUAAGAAUGAAUCUAAUCCACUACAUGCUGUUAGUUUGAUUUCUAUCACAGGUGGUAAUUUGGAUACAAUGGUAUCAUCUGAUUAUUGUGACGUGUCUUCCUUAAUUCCUAAAUCACAUGGAUUUACUGUAUUUUCUUCGUCUAUCCCUAUGGUUUGGACUGGAAUGGAUCAUCAAGCAAUUUUGUGGUGUGAUCAAUUACGUAAAGUUAUUGUUAAAUCUUUAUUCGAAAUUAUUGAUUUUAAAUCAAUUAAUCAAACCAAGCCAUUAUCAUCUCGUAUUGAUAUUUUUAAGAAAUAUUAUCUCUCUCCUACUGAAAAUUCAGCUAAAAAACAAUUUUUACAAGCACCAUUGAUUAAUCCUUUUUCCGGAGGAAAUAUACGAUAUACUGUUUUUUCAUUAAAAAAGAUUUAUAUAUUAAAAUCUUUUAGAACUAUAUCAUCCAAAUCGACUCAUGUAUAUUUUCUACCAAUUUUUCCUAAUAACAUUUUUAAUUUUACUACUCUUUCAUUGCUUACUGAUCAAAAGACUAUAUCAAGAAAUGGUGAACAACAAAUAGAUAUAUUUUUAUGUAAAAAUGAUCCAUCAUCAAUUAAAGAUUCAAAUAUCCAUAAAAAAUCAAUGAAAAUAGAUUUAAAGACACUUAAAUGCAAAUAUUCUGAAGAAAAUAUCGUUUAUUUGCCGUCAAAAAAUGGCUUAUCUAACUCUUAUAAUCAUUUUUUUACAUAUCUCGAAUAUUCAAAUAAUCAAUUCAAUGAUUACCAAUUCAUUUCAAUAAUAAAUAAAUCAAAUAAUACUAGAAAUGGCUUCCUGGUAGCUGAGUUUUCUAAUAAAAAUGUAAUACGAGUUCAACCUGAAAUUACUACUACAAAAUUUUUAUGGAAUAGAUUUCGCAUAGUCUUAGAUGCUAAUAGGUCAUUAGUUUCAGAAAUUAGUAUUCCUAACAUUGAUAAUAGUCUUUUUACUUACAAAUUAAAAAUGAAUUCUCUUGCCUGUGAUAAUUUGAUUUUUUCACCAAUUAUUAGGCAAUAUAUAUCUAAUUCAUAUGAGUCUAAGUACUUUGUAAAUACAACAAAAAUCGAUGUCAAUUUUCAUGGAACUGCUCCGUUUAUGCCACCUAUUAAUGAAAAUAACGCAAGACGUGGAUUGAACAUACAAUUUUGGUUGGAUCCUACUUGUAAUAAGCCGCUUAAUAUUUUAAUAUCUCUUGAUCUUUAUGGUACUUUUGGGAAACUUAUAGUAAAAUUCUGGACAGCUUUAAUAGUAUUUAUGUAUGUUAUAAUAUUUUUAUGUUUAAGAAAACAGUUUAGAAUUUAUAAUAAUUAUGGAAUUUUUAUUAACAUUAGAAAUGCUUUAAAACUUUUUAUGCGAGACACUUUUUUAACUUUAUCUAUAAUGACAUCCUUUUUGUUUCUUUGCUUGUCUAUAUUUCAGUUUUCUAGAACAAUAAACAUGGAUGAUUUAUUGAAUCAACAAUUGAAAAAAAAGUUAUGGGUUAAGGAUACAUGGAAGUUAUGGAAUAUUAAUAAGUUAUUCUUUGGAUAUAGAGAUUCUUUAUUUUUGUUUCUUGGGCCUUUAUUUAUCACUAUCUCCUUAGGAUUUACAAUUAUAUUUACCCAAAUAACAUAUUUUCUUAUUUCUUUUAUAGCAAUAUUGUGUAAUUUACUACAGAAACGUUUUAUUAAAAUUAGAUAUAGAAAGAAAAGGCAUUUCUUUUGUUCUUUUAAUUUUUCUUUAAAAUUUAAACAAAGGUUAAUAGCAAUUUUAUCGUUAUUAUCUCUUGUAGCAGUAAUGGUUCCUUACCAAUUUGCAUAUCUUUUAGCAUGUGUUAUACAGUUUUUUACAUGUAUUAAAACAUAUCUAAAUAUUCAAAAAAUGGGCCUUGAAAAAGCCUUGCAUUAUAAAAAUUUUAGAAAUUAUGUAUAUUCUGUCUUAAUCUUAAUGUUAUUACAUUUACCUUUUAAUAUUCCAGUUUUAAUUGUAUGGGCAAAAAAGAUAUCGACAAAUUGGAUAAUACCAUUUUCAUCUCACCAUAACAUUUUUUCUGUCUUGCCUAUUAUUACUCUUGUUGAAUUUUUGGCUAAUGAAAAAAUGAUUAUGCAAGCAGAACCUAAAAUGGCAAAGGCACUUGACAUCAUUCUUUUAAUAUUUUCUGUCUUUUUAACUGUUUAUGGGUUUUAUUAUACGUAUUUUUUGCAUCAUUUGGUUAACAUUUUGUCAUUUUUCUUGUCGAUUCUUCAUUUUAUGCCAUUUUUACCUUUUUUUCAGCAAUUUAUUCAUUCUUUCAUGCAACAAAAAAAGCUAACUUAUUACUAA